GAUCCUCCUGAAUUUCCUACGGACAUACAACAAAAUAUUCGAAAGAUAUGUGAGAACGAAAUAGCCAUAGUUAUUUUGGGUCAAUCGAACUUUGCAAAGGCUGUAGUAAUUAAUCAGAUAUUUAACAGACUACUUCUACCCGUUGACUCACAUGUUAACAAAGAUAUAUGGCGUCAAAUCGUACUUCACAGUGGUCAAGAAAACGUGGCAUCUCUAUGUGUUCUUGAAACUUCGUUUGAUCUUGGAGAAUGCACGGUAUUUGAUAAUGAAUCCUAUCUUCAAGGUGAAAUUUUGAUUGAAAAUGAUGCUCAUUUCUGUGAUGUUGCUAAAUCUAGCUGCUUUGUGGAUGUAUCACUAAGAAAUGGCAUUUUUUCUACAGAGAAUCUUACCAUUGUUGUAUCUGCCAGUUACAGACGUCUUUCUUCCGAAGAGGUUGCGGCUACUUUUGAGAGGAGUUGUUUCGGACGCUUACCUAUUAUUAUCUACGCGUUUGAAAGUGAAGAGCUAUCUUCUUGGGUAGGCUGA